GAGACGGGUAUAUUAGUCUGCGAUAUUCUUGCAUUUGAUCUUAAAAGGAAACAGCCUCAAGAAAGGUAUGAUGAAUAUAACAUCCAGUGUGAAGUUCUGAUGAGGUAAAAGAAAAUGCUACAAAUGCAGUCUCCUAAAGCUUAUAGUUGUAAUAGUGAUAUUGGCCAUCUUCCCAUUUGUUAACCUGGGAGAUGGAGAGUGGAAAAACAAGUCCCGAAAAGAAGAAAGUCUCAUGGAGCCCCAACCCCCUGAUAUACUGGAAGGAUGGGGAGGAAAACAAGCAAGAUUUACACUGGAGGGGGCCUGUAGAUGGAGGUGAUGGGGCAUGGGUUGGAAACUUUGAUGUCGCUCUUGAGGGUGCCAAGAAAAGAUGGGUUGGCAAGGAUGAGUGUGGUCACUGUGGGGGGCUACCGUGUCCCUGGGACAGUCUCCAUGGUGAAGCUGAACGCAAACAACGAGUCAAAGAUCUACAAUUUGUCCAGAAGACUAUUGAAGAAAUGAAGGAACUUGAGGCGAAGUACAAAAAGGUCUGCGAUAAAAAUGACGAGAUGGCUGAUACAAUAAGAUAUAUGAAAGAAAGUGAAAAUGACUGGAAGAUAGCUAAACUACUAAUGGCUAGACAGAUCCAGGAAAAAGAUGCUUUAAUAAAUCAACAUAUUGAGGAAAAACAUAAGUUAAUGGUUGAAGUCAGCAAAUUGAAACAGAACAUGCACAUGUUGAGAGAAGAGAACUCCAAGAACAAGAAGAAAUCAGAAUAUAAGGAGGCGAGAGCACAACGCUUGUCAUUAGAUCUUGCCGCAGCUGUUGAAGAAUGUGACGAGGCCAAGGUUGAAAUAGAACGAACGGCCAGGAAGUAUCGCAACAUCAUUCAGGAAAAUCUUAUCGAGAUUGAGAAGCUCAAAAAGGAAGUUGAAACUAUCAACGAACAGUUAGUUAAUGUCACAAAACUUAUGGAAACACAGAAACAUGAACUUAACAAAAUGACUGGAAUGUACUGGGAAUUAAAACAUGACAACACUAAAGAUGAGAUAAUCGAUGAUCUGAAAAAGAAACUCUCCAAAUCGGAGGAAAUCAAAGAUAUCUGGAUAAGUCAUUCACAGAAAUUAACAGAUAAUAUAAGCGAAUUAGAAGUGGAAAUAACUGAUUUAAAAUCGAAUCUAAAAGCUAGUCAACAGCAGUGCCAAAAGAAAGAGGAGAAUAUUCGAGUUCUUCAAAUGAGGAGGGAAAAUGAUGCAGUUGAGAUAACGAGAUUACAAAAAAGACUUCAAGCUAAUAAUAAGUUUAACCAGUUUAUGGAUAUUAAAAAAGAAAUGACGGUUGUAAAACAGGAAAACAAUGUGCUCAGAAAUAAAAUAAAUUCUUUUACCCCUGUGCCUGUUUUACAACGUGACGGGUCAGUGCGUGAGAUGGUACUCGACAGUGCCAAAUUAGGAAUACUAGUAGAAGAGGAAGUGCAAUCUAAAAGUCAAACUCAAUCGAUGCCAAAUCAGAAAUUUGAUUUUUUCAAAGGGCAUAGUAGACGUGCUAAAUCAGCUAAGUUGUUACGGUUACGUGAUAGCAUGGGUUCAGGAAUUGACCAAUCAGAACCUGAAGUUGAAGAUUAUCAGUUUAGACCUAAAUCAAAUCUUAGCUGA